CUUUGGCCCCUGGGAAUCUGCGGUGAAAUGCAAGCACCGACCUGUCCCAGCCGCGGCUGUCGGCAGGGCCGAGCAGGAGGCAGCGCCCAGCCCGAGCUGCGCAUCCCUGCCCAGGGCAGCCGAGAGGAGAAUCCCGCAGCGGGUGACGCGUCCUGGGCGCGCACCCAGCCCGGGCUGUAAUUACCGUGCGCACUGCUGGGGCCAGGAGCAGCUCCGCUGGCAGCUAUGCGGCAGAACAGGAUGUCGGAUUAAGGAGUCCCCGGCCAAAGCCGUGCCCGGGACAGCAGGGGACAGCAGGGAAGUGAGGGAGCUGGGUGGCACCCGCAGCUCCCGGGCACUGCCAGCUCACACCCAGCGCUGGCAGCGCUCUGGGACGGCUCUGAGGGGCUCAGCCGCACCGGGAGCCGCAGGAAAAGCUGCCCUGCAGGGCUGCAGGAUGAAUUCCACCCGCCCUGGCUGCAGGUGAGGGGCCAGGGCUCACCUGCCAGGACGGACCUGCCGAGAACAGCCUUAUCUGCGGCGGGGAGCGGAGUUAAUGUGUAACGCGGCCGUGUUUGGUUAGCCCAGCAAGGCAAAGAAGUCCUGGGAUAGGCACGGCCGGGACGAGGAAUUGGGCAGCACGGAACGACGGACGGCCUGCUGGGACAUUCCCCCCGUGCCAGCCUCCGGGGCAGCCCGUGCUAUGCCUAGGAAGGAGCUGGGGAUGGCUGGCUGCAACUCUGGCAGCUGUGACAGCAUGGCCAGCACGGCCUCCAACCACUCGCAGCGGAGUGACAGCAGCUAUGACUAUUUAUCCGUGGAAGAGAAGGAGUGCCUGCUGUUCCUGGAGGAAACCAUCGGCUCCCUGGACACGGAGGGGGACAGCGGAGUGUCCCCUCCCGGCCCCGAGCGCGGGGACCCCUCCCGGCCCCGGGAUUUGGGGCGCAGGACUCCCCCUCCCAGCAGAGAUCAGCAGCGCGGGGGGGACCGGAGCAGCGGUGGAAGCGUCUCUGCCUCCUGCAUCCCGGGAAAUCCCGGCAGCAUCCCCGCAGCAAACGCAGCUUCGGGCAGCAGGGGAAGCGUCCACGCGGCGCCGGCAGGAAAAGCUGCACAGGAGGUGCCCAGGGAGGGCAGGCUGGGCUCAGGAAGCCACACCAAGUCCGUGAUUAUCCAACCCCCAGAGCCCUUCCAGGAUGACCUGGAGUGGUCACGCAGCCGUCGCUCCGAUGCUCAGGGGGUCAAGGAGAACAAGAUUCGGACUUCGUGGGGCCACCCGGAGAAAUCCACAGUGCAAGAGGCCCCUCAGGACCCCGAUGCCAAGCGCGGGCCUCCAACUGCCCCCAAACCGCGGAAACUUCCCCCAAACAUCAUCCUGAAAACCAGCAGGAACAGCCCCGUGCCGCUGGGCUCGGAGCACAACCAGAAGGUAAAAGCAGCACCUCCACCCUCGGCCGCCUCUCACGCCGGCCCUGCCAGCGACACUGAAAAGGGGAAUCCAGGGCACCUCGACCCCAAGGAGAAGGAGAAAGCCCAUCGGGAGGCCCUGGAGAAGCUGGGACUGUCCCAGGACAGGCGGGAGCCCAGCGCCCACCUCCAUCCCCACCCCAGGGAGACGCCGCUGCCCAUCCCGGGGCAGCCUGGGGAGGGCCCCGUGCUGGGGGUCAGGCAGAUGCCCUUCAAAUCCAACACCCUGGAGCGCUCCGGGGUGGGGCUGGGCAGCUCCAUGGGCAGCGCCAAGGAGCAGAACGCCAGGAGCAGCAGCAGCUCCCUGGGCAAGAUGUCGUUCAUCGAGCGCCUGGCGCCCGGCUUCCUGCGCGGCGGCCGCCCGCGCCCCGCCUCGCUCGGGGCUGGCAAGGACUUUGCGGGCCUCAAGGAGCAGGAGGAGCAGGACAAGAGCAGCAAGAGGAGGUCCCACCCUCUGCCCGGCUUCCCCAGGCCGCCGCGCUCCGCCGUGAGCGUGAAGAUCUCCCCGAAGGGCGCGGCCGACGAGAACCGGCGCGAGGCGCUCAAGAAGUUGGGGCUGCUGAAGGAGUAGCUCGGGGGGCUGGUGGGAAAAGGGGAUUUUCACCCCAAAUCCAGCGGCCUGCACUGCCCGGGGCCUCGGGCAUGAGCACCCGCGGCCGUCUCCUGUGCCAGCGCCUCGGGAGAGGCGUUGGGAGCGUCACACCAAACCAAGGAGCGCGGCGUGUACAGGAUAUUUUGUAUAUAGCAGAUGUACAUGGGCUAUUUAUACAAAGCAUCUCUCAGCGGGGACCGGGUGUGCUCUCCUGCAAGGGCUUUAACGCAUUUGGGGAUUCAUCAAAACAGGGAAGCCGUGGAAUCAGGGGUUUGGCUCAUUUUCAAAGGGGUUUCCUCAUGGAUAAAGCGUCUCUGGGAAGAACUGCUGGACUUUUGCUGCUCCUUUAGGACUUUUUGGGGUUUUUUUAUUAAUUUUAUCACAGCCUCUGAGGCCUGAGCGCUCACCCACUACAUGGAAGUGCCUCCCAGCCCAAAAUGGGGCUGGUGCAGGGCUGGGACAGCUCCAGCUCAUCCCUCCCGAGCUGUCCUGGCACCUCUCAGGCCCAGCUGCUGCUGCCAACACCUCGCUGCUCACCUUGGGGAACAGAGGUGUGUGUUAAAUAAACCUGUGUGUGAUCAGAAA